AUGAACGUAGGGGCUCACCAGGGCACGACCCUCAGUCCCCUUAUUUUGAACCUGGUUAUAGAUACUCUAACACGCAAACUACAAGACACAUUGCCUUGGACGCUGUUGUACGCCGAUGAUGACGCGCAACUAUCUGAGAAUGCUGAUGCUUUACAAAAUAAAUUGUCACAGUGGGCUGAAGUCUUGGAAACAAAUGGCUCACGCAUGAGCACACAAAAAACAGAGCACGUCACUUUCACUUUUAUUGAUAGUGACCAGAUUCCAAAAUUUCAUAGCGCUGCUGAAACGGUAUCCAUGUCUGAGAAUUUCAACUAUCUUGGCUUCAUUGUGAGCGAUGAUGGCUCACUAGACCGCGAAGUGACGAACCGCAUACAAGCCGGCUGGCAAAGUUGGCGCGCAGUGUCAGUCAGGAAUCGAGCAAAGAAUCCAUGUGGCGAUGAUGAUGAGAAUGCAGCGAUGGGCAUCGGGCGUAACGAAACUGGGCAAAAGAAGCUCUAA